GGCGGCAGCGGGCGCACAUGGCCAGGUACCUGGCGCGGGCGGAGGAGCUGACGGCCACGGACACCGAGGACCCGUCCCUUAAUUACGGGGUGGUGGUGGACUGCGGGAGCAGCGGGUCCCGGGUUUUCGUCUACUUCUGGCCCCCGCACAACGGCAACCCCCACGACCUGCUGGACAUCAAGCAGAUGAGGGACCGGAGCAGCCGCCCCGUCGUGAAGAAAAUUAAACCCGGCAUCUCCGCGGCCGCGGCUGCCCCCGAGCAGGCCACCCCCUACCUGCGGCCGCUGCUGCGCUUCGCGGCCGCGCACGUCCCGCCGCGCAAGCACAAGGAGACGCCGCUGUACAUCCUGUGCACGGCGGGCAUGCGGCUGCUGCCCGAGCGGCAGCAAGCUGCAAUCCUGGAAGACUUGGUGACAAAUGUGCCCCUGGAGUUUGAUUUCCUCUUCUCCAAAUCACACGCAGAAGUAAUCUCAGGGAAGCAGGAAGGUGUCUAUGCCUGGAUUGGCAUCAACUUUGUCCUGGGACGGUUUGAUCAUGAGGAUGAGGAAGAUGCAGUGGUCACCGUAGCACUCGGGGAUCAGGGGAAGUCCCUGGUUCGGAAACGAACAGUUGGGAUCCUUGACAUGGGAGGCGCCUCCCUGCAGAUUGCCUACGAAGUGCCCGACACCGGAGCCAUCUCCUCCCCACAGCAGGACGAGGCUGCCAAGAGCUUGCUGGCAGAAUUCAACCUGGGCUGUGACGUGCAGCACACUGGCCACAUGUACCAUGUCUACGUCAACACUUUCCUGGGCUUCGGGGGCAAUUUUGCCCGGCAGCGCUAUGAGGAACAUGUGCUGAACCAAACCUAUGUGCACAACCGAGCACUACAUGAAGCUGUCGCCACAGUUGGAGGCUUGGUGCCCAGCCUGCACAACCAGCAGACAGGGCUGAGCCCUAAGAUGCCCUUCUUGGACCCCUGCCUGCCUGUGGGGCUGGAGGACACAGUGGUGAGGGGUAGCCAAACCCUGCACAUGAGGGGACAAGGGGACUGGCAGGCCUGUACAAAGCUGCUGCAGCCCCUCCUGACAGGGUCCAAUGGCAGCCAUGCCUCCCUGGUGGAGACCUACAAAGCACCCAUCGACUUCAGCAACAGCGAGUUUUACGGCUUCUCGGAGUUCUUCUACUGCACUGAGGACGUGCUGCGCCUGGGGGGCCAAUACAGUGCCCCCACCUUCACCUCUGCUGCCCAGGAGUACUGCAGCCAGCGGUGGGAGGUGCUGACUCAGCGUUUCCGCGGCGGCCUCUACUCGGCACAUGCUGACCAGCACCGGCUGAAGUAUCAGUGCUUCAAAUCGGCCUGGGUGUACCAAGUCCUUCACGAGGGCUUCCAGUUCCCACUGGACUACCCCAGCCUGCGCACAGCCCAGCUGGUGUACGACCGGGAGGUGCAGUGGACGCUGGGGGCCAUCCUCUACAAGACGCGGUUUCUGCCACUCAGGGAUCUCCGUCAGGAGAGCAUCCGGCAAGCACACGCCUCCUGGCUGCGCCUCUCUUUUGUCUACAACCACUAUCUCUUUUUUGCCUGCAUCCUGGUCGUGGCGCUGGCCAUCGUCCUCUACCUCCUGCGGCUGCGCCGCAUCCACCGCCGGCAGCUGCGCUCGGCACAGCACACCCUGCUCUGGCUGGACAAGGUGGUGGUGCCGCUGGGCCAGGGGAGCGUGCCGUGAUGCCAGAGGUACCCAGCAUCCAGUUGUACCAGCAGAACCAGGACUGGCUGACAGCCUGGGCUCUGAGAGCUUGGACUCCUCCUUAAAGAGCAUCUCAAAGUCUGCGCUCCAUCAUCUGUGCGUCAGAACCGGAGUCCGUGUGCUGAGGCAGCUAUGGACAUGGGAGCUUUCUUCUCUUUCUCCACCUUGCCCCAGUCCUAAUCUUUGCAUUCCUUGGCCUCUGGCCUUUGCCUCACUACAUGGUGGAGAGCAAAGUCCUCUGCUACCAGCAGGCUCAAGGCUGCAGCCCUGGCAGAUCCCUCAGAUAACAGGACACUAUCACUGAGGCAGCCAAACCAGGGCUCUGGCCUGAAGCACUGAGCCACCCCAUGACUCAGCCACCAGUUUGCAAAGCAACCUGGUGAGGUGCUGUGGUUCAUCACCUGGGGUGGCCUUUUGCAGGCCCUGACAAGCCUGGGGCUGGGAGAGUAGCAGGCACCAGCUAAUUUACUGCAGGAACAAGGUAAACCAUGAGCUCCACCAGGCUGCUCUGCCCAGCCUGGCCCCUCUUGGAGUAUUCCUGAAGGGGUGUCCUGCUCUUUGCUAUGUCUUCCCUCUGAGGACAAUCCUACAGUCCUACCCAACAUCCCAGACUGAGCCCUGAGGGCUCACCGAUUGAUUUUUGAGGCACCACCAAAGUGGGCUGUCUUUCCUUUCACACAUUAAUUCAUUCCCUCCUGGGCACAGCUGCCCUGUGCUGUCCCAGGUACCAGUGUCAGGACCCGUGGUUCUUUCCUCCAAGGGGGUGGGCUGGGCCUGCCCCUGGGAGAGCCACCUCAGUCCAGCCCAGCUCAUGGCCCCAGGACAGGCCAGGCCUGAGCUGUGCACACAGGCACAAACCUUCCCUGGGGCUGCAGCCCCACCAGUGGUCCAAUGAAGUUUGUCACUUUACUGAACUCAGCUGUUCCCAUUCCUGUAGCAAUAAACAAACCCCGUGAGCCAUCCA